AUGAGCCUGUUGAAAAAGCUAGCCUAUUCAGUGUACUUCCCUCUCAUCCGUGGCUUCCUCGGCCGUGGCCCCGGCCAUGGCCUUUUCCCCGACCCUGGCCUCAUCCUUGGCCUCUGCCUGAGCCAAUUGAUUACUCACUGCAAGACCUGCCAGAAACGGAGAUCUCUGCCGAAGAGGAACCCAAGACGAGGCAACGCCGCUCUGCUUCUCCCUGGCCUAUUAGACCUUGGCCUCAGCCUUUGCCUCAGCACCUGGCCCCAACCUUGGCCUCAACCUCGGUCUCUAGCCCAGCCUCGACCAUGGCCUCAUCCCUGGCCACUACCAGAGCCAAUGGAUUACACGCUGAAAGACAUGCCUAAAUCGAAGAUUUCUGCUGAGGAGCAGCCCAAACAAAGGCAGCGCCGUGCUGCUUCUCUUUUUAGGCCUUGGCCUCAGCCCUGGCCUCAGCCUUGGCCUCAGCCUUGGCCUCAGCCCUGGCCGCAGCCUUUGCCGCAGCCCUGGCCUCGUCCGCUUCCGAUUCCUGCGCCUAAUCCUUGGCCAAUUUACUACCCAAGGCACUAGGCCUGGUCAUCGCGAUUGCCGGGGGGCCUACGCUUUUGUAAAUUAAAAUAAAUGCCAUUUAAAACAAUAAACUCUUCUU